AUGGCAAAACUUGCAUCGCCGAAUGGGGCAUCCGCUCUAUCUCGCGUUAGUCAAAAUGAAAUAAAGAAUAAAAAUAAAAACUCAUUUAAAGCCAAGGAGAUAGCUUCUCACCAAGAGGAUCCUGAAUCUGACUCUGAUGAAGCACCCGAAGAGGUUUCCGUCAAGAGUAGUUCUUUGGAAGCAAAGGAGCAGUUGAGACAACUGCAUGAACAUGAGAGAAGAUUACGAGAAAAUGCAAAAGAAAAGCGAAGAAUCGCCAACGAUAGAAAUCGCGAACGAAACGCAACUGUACAAGAAGCACAAAAGCUAGAUCUUUCUAUUUUAGAGGAUGCUGCUAAGGAAGAAGAAGCAAGAGAAGAGGAAGGUGAGUUAGAUGAGGAAGAUGAUGAUAUGGAAAGCUUGAAGCAUAUCCCAAUGAACAACAAGAUUUUGUUUCCAACUGAGGAGGCUCCUCAAAAAAAGCGCAAAAACAAAGUUGUAAAGAAGGGUGAUUUUAGAGUUUCCGUCUUGGAUACCUCCAAGAAGGAUCAUUUAGCUCCUGGAUCCGAUGCAAGGUUAUCUCAAAAGAAACGUUCUUGGCUUCAGCGUCAAGUCGUUCCCCGUCAAAACAAACGUCGUAAACCUCUUACUGCUGGCUCUUUGUAA